GAUAAAGGGAGAAGAAGCGCGGAGAACUGACGUGUCGUGUCGCGCGAUGUGUCGUAUCGUGUCACGUCGUGUCAUUGAACGAUCGUUCCGGCCUCGCGCCAAAUUAACGAACACGCGAUUAUUCGAGCCUCGAUCAAGAGGUCUCGCGGAGAACCCACGUCACGCGCGAUAGAAGGUCACCUCUGAUUUGCUCGUGACACGUGGCUUUCCCUAAAAUACCAAACAUGACGGAGGACAUGUUGGGUGCGGACAUCUGCAGGGUCUGCCGGUCCGAGGGCCUCGUCGACAGACCUCUGUUUCAUCCCUGCAUAUGCACCGGCAGCAUCAAAUGGAUUCACCAGGAGUGCCUGGUACAGUGGAUGCGCUACUCGCGCAAGGAGUACUGCGAGCUCUGCGGUUACCGCUUUUCGUUUACGCCUAUAUACAGCCCGGACAUGCCGCGGCGCUUGCCGCUGAGAGACGUCGUCGGCGGCUUGUUCUCGAGCAUCGUCACCGCUGUCAAGUACUGGUUACAUUACACGCUGGUGGCGAUUGCGUGGCUGGGAGUCGUCCCUUUAACCGCGUGCCGCACGUACAGAGCUCUCUUCAGUGGUCCGCUGGAUUUAGUUCGGAUAAUGUCAUUACCGAUGGAUAUGCUCUCCACCGAAAAUAUAUCGUCGGACGUGUUUCACGGCUGUUUCGUAGUUACCUGCACCUUAUUCGCGUUCAUCGGUCUGGUGUGGCUGCGCGAGCAAAUUCUACACGCGGGCGGCCCUGAUUGGCUCGAGAGGGAUAUACAGUUACCCCCGGUCGACAAUCCGCCACAAGCAAACGCACAACGCCCGCAGCAACCUCAGGAGCAGCGUGCUAUGCCGCAAGAAGUCCAGGACAACAAUAAUAUCCCUCCCUUCAUUGAUCCGCCUAUUCCGCAGGAAGGAGAGUUACAUAAUGAAGAUCAACGUCCGAUAUAUCGAGAAGCGGCAGAAAACUUGGUCAAUAAUCCACGAAUUGGCGAACCCGAGGAUCUAGCAAGGGACAUACAGGCACCGGCUCCUCCCGGACCGCCUCUUCCAAUCAGGGACGAGCUCGGCGUGGACGGUGGACAGGCGAAUGCCGCGGGUGGCGAGCGCUGGGCGAGAGGACACGCGGUACAGGCGCAUGUGGUAGGGCAGGCGCAGGGUGAGGCUGAGGAGGCUAAUUGGAAUCCUAUGGAGUGGGACAGACCAGCUGAAGAGCUAACCUGGGAACGUCUCUUAGGAUUGGACGGGUCUCUUGUCUUUCUUGAACAUGUCUUCUGGGUCGUGUCCCUAAACACCUUGUUUAUCAUGGUGUUCGCCUUUUGCCCGUAUCACAUCGGCCAUUUUACGAUAGCGGGACUGGGCCUGCAGGAGCACGCGGCCGCAUCGCACUUCGAGGGCCUGGUGACCACGCUGUGCGGUUACUGCGUGAUCGGAGUUUGCCUGGUGGUUCUCCAUACUCUCGCCGCACUGUUAGGUUUCCAGCGCUCCCAGCGAAUCCUAGGGCUCUGCUACGUAAUUGUCAAGGUCUCCUUGCUCUCUGUCGUGGAGAUCGGCGUACUUCCAUUAGUCUGCGGCUGGUGGUUGGACAUCUGUUCGUUGGCGAUGUUCGACGCUACGCUCAGAGAUAGAGAAUCCUCAUUCAGACUCGCUCCCGGCACGUCUAUGUUCAUCCAUUGGCUGGUGGGGAUGGUUUACAUAUAUUAUUUCGCGUCGUUCAUCCUCCUCUUGCGCGAGGUCCUGCGCCCCGGGGUUCUCUGGUUCCUGCGAAAUCUGAACGAUCCUGAUUUUUCUCCUAUACAAGAAAUGAUACAUCUUCCCAUAUUGCGACACGUACGUCGACUGGUCGCGUCCGCGAUUAUAUUCGGCACGGCAAUCUUGCUGAUGUUGUGGCUGCCAGUGAAAAUCCUGAGAUGGGCAUGGCCAGGAUUUUUACCCUACACCGUCACCGUACAAAGCGAGGCCCAGGUCAGCGAGCUUUCGUUGGAGUUGCUUCUGUUGCAAGUGAUCCUCCCCGCGUUAUUGGAGCAGUCGCACACGCGCACAUGGCUGAAAGCUCUAGUGAGAGCGUGGUGUCGCGUGGUAGCGUGGAUGCUGGACCUGCAGUCGUAUCUUCUGCGGGAUCAGACGGACGAUCCGGGACCAGCGGUGAUCGAGGAGCCGCAACAUCCGGACUUGGGCGCCGCGCAUCAAGCGCUGCUGCAAAGGGAGGGACCCACGGGAUUUCAACCUUAUGUCAGACCGCGAUGGUUCCCUGCGAGAUUGGUCGGGCUUCUGUUUUGCGUCUGCGUGUCCCUCGUGAUCGCCAGUCUAGUCGCUAUGACGCUGCCCGUGUGGCUCGGACGCAGAGUGAUGGCAUUAUGGAUGGUAGGGGCUCCCGCUCCGUCGCCGCCCGUGUUACCGCCCACAUUAACCGGAUCCGACGGUGGCGAAACUGUUGGUCCUCUAUCCGGAAGAGUACACGAAGUAUAUACGAUAGCCUGCGGGACGUACGUAUGUUGGGCCGCAGCUCGAGGCUUGGCGUUGGCGUUCUCCUGGCUACCCCGCGGCCGCAGAGCCAUCAUAGACAGGAUCAAACAUUGGGCGAUCUUGGCCGUGAAAGCCUCUGUGGCGUUUGUGCUGUUCGUCGGGGUUAUACCGCUCCUGUUCGGUCUUCUUCUCGAGUUAGUAGUGGUGGUCCCAUUGCGUGUCCCGUUAGAACAAAAUCCCAUUUUAUUCAUCUGGCAAGAUUGGGCCUUGGGCGUGCUGUACACGAAGAUAGCUACCGCCGUAACGAUGAUGGGACCGGAUUGGCGAAUACGUCUCGCCAUCGAGCGGGCGUACAACGAGGGAAUAAGGGAAAUGGAUUUGAAGUUUGUCAUCAGGAAAUUAGCGGCUCCCGUUAUAUGUUGCUUCGGCCUCGCCCUUGCGAUUCCUUAUGCCGUGGCCUACGGAAUAGUUCCACUACUCGUGACUAAUCUGCAGACCCAGAUUCUUAUCGCCAGACGUCUAUAUCCUUUCCUUCUUUUAAUAAGUCUGGUCUGCGCAGUGAUUUGCUUUCAGAUACGCCAGUUCAAGAAGCUGUACGAGCAUAUUAAGAACGACAAGUAUCUUGUGGGGCAAAGGCUCGUGAAUUAUGAGCAUCGUAACAAAUCGCAAACCCAGCAGCAUCAAUCGCAGAGAUCGAGCUAACGAUGUCAGUAGGCAUAACAUUGUUACGGGCGGAAAACGGAUUAGAAUUAGCUUCGUGUACAUUCUUUAAUAAAUACUUACUGAUUGAUAAUUUAUAUUAUAUAUAUACAUAUAUAUACAUAUAUAUAGUCAUGGUUUUAUUUUUAAUAUUAUAAUUUAUUGAUGUAAAGCGAUACCGAAUAAAUCGAAGACUGUUAUCCAGUGUCGCUUUUCAAUCCGAUGCUUCAUAGUUUUUAACAUCAUAUGUACAUCAGUCUUGAUUAACAAGUAAUGAACAAGAUUUCAAUCUCAUCAUUUGCAGCAACGAAGGAUGACUAUGGUCAUAGAACUGUGGUAAACAUGUUGAGAAAUACAAUUUUAUUCUCUGCUAGACAACUUGGAAAUUCUGAUGUAGUCCGAUCUGUGCCUAUUCUAUCAUUUCUUAACGUAGCUGUAUUUUUAAUGUCGCUAACAUGUUAUUACGUAAAUAUAAAAACUGUUAUAAAAUUGCGUAAAACAAAGGUAACAUUAAGCGAUCGAGAUCGUUAGGAAGUCAUAGAAUAGACAGAAAGUAUAAGCUAAAUGUUACAGACAUAAAUGCACGGAAUAACAUCUCUCGAUAAUUCUUUUAGAUCUUAGCAAGAAGGAUUAAGAGAAAAAAAAAGGAAAUAUGAAAGUACAUUGUGGUUAUUGUUAUCUAAUAUAGAACAUAACUUCGAUCUCUAUGUAAUAGAAUUAUGUAAAUCUGUAUACAUUUGAUUUGCGGCUGGAUUUGAUGUAAUCAAAUAUUUUUACUAUAGCCUCAAAUAUUUGCAAAUCUCAAUUAAAGUUUCGUAUACGGGUUGUACCUAA